UCUCGUGCGCCUUCCCUCCCUCUCCUCCCCUCCUUCGCUCCCUCCCUCGGAGCCCAGUUGCUCAAGCCGCUUCCUUCCACCGCGCCAGCGCCAGUUCCUCUCCCGGCGGGGCCCGGGAAGGGCAGCGAACGCGAGACACUGGACCCGUCGCGGCGGCACCUCCACGACCAUGGCCCAGCCCCGAAGGGCCGCGAAGCCGGCACCCAAGGCCUCGCAGGUCCCCACCGCGCAGACCGUGCGGAAGCCUCCGCAGCCCCGGCUCUCGCGGGACACCGGCAGCCUGGGCAGGUGGGGCCACGUCGCCGCCGCCUCCUCCCGGGAGUCCUCCUUCUACGGCACGAUGACGCUCACCGGGCGCCGGCGAGGACUGCUCGAGCUGCUGGGGCUGCAGGGGGCGGCGCCCGCCGGGUGGCCGUCGGAGGAGCGCGCUGAGGAGCAGUCUCUGGGAGGGUCCAGCGGGGCAGGCGGCAGCAGGCUGUGUCUGGAGCCCCGGGAGCACGCCUGGAUCCUGGCGACCGCCGAGGGUUGCAUCGAGGCACUGUGGGAACAGCUGGAAGCGGAGCCGACGCUGCUGCUGAAGGUCGACCCUAUUAGCGGCUACACGGUGCUGCACUGGCUCGCCAAGCACGGGCGCCACGAGGACCUCAUCAGGGUGCACGACUUCGCCCGGCUCCGGGGGCUGCAGCUCGACGUGAGCGUGCAGGGCAGCGGCGGCCUCACGCCCCUCCACCUGGCGGCCAUGCAGGGCCACGACAUGGUCAUCAAGGUGCUGGUGGGCGCCCUGGGCGCUGACCCCACGCGCCGCGACCACAGCGGCCACCGGGCCAGCCACUACCUACGGCCCGACGCGCCCCAAGGACUACGGGACCUGUUGGGGGCCGAGGACUGGGGCCCCGCGGACAGCUACCCGUGGAACAACGCCAACAACAACAGCAGCGGCGGCGGCGGCGACUCCGCACGGCCGCUGCGACGGACCCAGAGCGCCAUGGGCGCCAUGGCCAUGGAUACAAGAGCAGCGGCGUCGCCCAGCAAGAAGGACUCCACUGGCAAGCGGGUGCCGCAUAUUCAUGGCUUUCUCCGACAUAUAUUCCCCUUCUUCCAGGACCGUUGAGGGCAAGCCCAGACUAGACAUCGCCCAGAGACUGGGUUAUCCGGGGUCCCGCCAAAGGGACGGCACCUGGGACGCUGCUGUGGCCACAACCAAGCACGCUGGACCCGCGAGGAGCUGACCACCUCCGGGUCUGUUUCAGGUAUCUGUCGGGGUCUCCUGGCACCACCGACCCGGAGAUCCGGGGACCGGAGCAUUCUUGAGAGAGAGAGAGAGCGAGCCAGAGAGCAAAGACCAAGCUGUCUUAGCACUGCAUCCCUAAACUGUAAGGCUAAGGAGUGGGAGCAGGAACUUGUUCCUCUUUGCAGCGGCAAAUUUCAGCUUCCAGUAUCCAUUUCUGGGCAGGCAGAAGCUCUGAGUUUUUUGGAAAACAUUUCCUAGGAGAAUAAGUUAAGAUUGUAAACCACUGAUGCAUCUAAGCACCUAACUGUAGACUUGACUUGGCUAUUAACCACUCACUUUGUGCCAGCAGAGUCAGUCCCUGGCAACCGUCUGCUAACACAACCAGACCUGACCCGUACCUUUUCCACUGUAUCACCGAUGACUUCUUAAGCACAUUAAAGUGGCAUCUAUUUUCCUUUCACCCAACAAAUCUGUCCUUUGACUUACUUUUUUUUUUUUUAAUUAACCAGCAGGGGGGAAACAUCCCUAGUUUGCAAGGACAAGGUCACCAACCUAUGACAACCAGCUACAGACCCAGGGCGGGUUCUGGCCCUCACUCUCAGAGCAAAGGCCCACAUGUGCGCUGAAAAAGCUACUUUCCCCUUGGCUCUGAAUAAAGACACACAGUUCACCUGUAUCUGGGCUC